AUGCUUGAGAGGGAUAUUCUCGGUGGUGUUGUCUCCCGAUCUGCGCUCGCUGGUCUACCUCGCUCACGCAUGACGGAGCUGAGGGUGCUGCUGAGCCGACUGGAGAACGAUCAACUGCCAGUAUCUUUGCCGCGCGAGAUCUUGUCGAUCAUCUUUGGAUGGCUGGCGAAGUUGGAGCCCCUCAUCCCGAAUCCACCGCUUUACGCAGCUGUCGCCUCUCAUCAGACAUCGACCUUUCCAGCAUGGACAAAGGUCUCUUUCGUUUGCAAUGUGUGGAGGGAGGAGGCCCUUGCGAACAAGGUUCUGUGGGCCGAUGGCGGUAUAAGCUCUCUGGAUGGGAUGAAGUGGUUUCGGAAGAGGCUGGAAUAUGCGGGUUGGCGUCCGGUUGCAAUCGUCAUACGGGCGGACGAAACCCUCGAUCAGACGAGAGACCUUAUAGCGUCUUGCGAUCUGACACAUAUGGAAAGUCUGUGUGUCCUCGCUCAUGGAUCGCACAAUGCCACGGCUAUGCCAUUCCAUCUCCAUGCCUUAUACCCGCCCACUCUCCGUCGGCUUCACAUGCACUUUGAGCACCGCGGGGAAGACCUGAUAGUGCUCCCAGAGGUUCCUGAACACAGACUAGUAUCCGAUUUUCCUCACCUUCGGGAUGUCUACAUGCACAACGUCAUCAUCGAUCUGAAGCACCGGCUUCUCGUCCACCAACUCACACAUCUUUCGCUCACAGUCGACCAAAACGCCAGCAGCGCGCUCAUUGUCCCGCCAUCCCGGGAAAUCAUCGAUCUCUUACACUCUCAACCCGCUCUAGAGUCUUUCACAUUUCAGGGUUGGAUGCCCGUCCCUGAGGACGAGGAUGUGCCCACGCACGAGGACAGAAAAGAAAUCAUAUGCCCAAACCUCCGCCACGUGCUCAUUGAUAUUUUCAAUCCACCUACGGUGCUCAUAUUAAUGAGCCGGCUUGUACCUGCCCAGACGGCUCGUAUGACGUUCGUCGCUUGGGACCACGCAACGUCCUUGCAACCCGUCUCCGGCAUGGUUAGGGAGGCCGUUGCCAGACGCAUGCUCUCCCAGAUCAACUCCCCUUUGCUGAGCAUGAAGGUCGCAGAAUGGCUAGCAUAUGCGCCCCAUUGGUCGGAUCAAUGGACACCCCUCCACACCGGACCUGUACCGCUAUCAUCUUCGAGGGCCAUCGUAUUCUCGGCCUGGCGUGAGGGAACUAGCGAGUACCUCAAGGGAGACUUGAAGGGAUACCAGGAGCCCCCUCCCCCAGACUUCCAGCUGAUCAUUGGCAUGAACCAUUCUGGCCAGUCUGCUUCGGAUGAAUUCUCACCUGAGAGGCUGAUUCCAUUUGAGGCAUUCGCUGGUGUUGAGUGCAUUUCCUUCCGUGAGAGAGCAUGGAAAUUGCCAGAAACAUCACCUGCGGCCUGGCAGUCUCUGUUUCGUGAGGCCGGGAGGCUUGAAUGGCUACGCGCUGAUAGGCUCACGGGGUGGGGUCUCCUGCGCCAGGGCUUCAAUGCCUUGUCUGCAACUGGUGGGGCGCUCCGCAUCUUGGGGACCGUGAAGAGGCUGGUGAUAAUGGGAAUAGAUUGGGCUGAUGACGAGGAUGUGGACGACGAGGAAGUGUCACCACCGGCGGUGACCAUGCUUAGGAACCUGCUCCUGUCCGAGCAGACAAUGGUUGAAGACAUUACAGUAGGGCCAGAUUCUCAUGCGUAUAUGUCCGAGCGGGUAGGAGAGACCAUCGGGGUUCAUCAGGAACGGCUGAAAGGUGCUGAGCGCCGGGAUGACAUGUUCCAUUUCUAG